CUCGCUCUCUCUUCAUCUUUCUCUCUCUUCUUUUUAGCUCUCAGACAGGAGCUGUGUGCUUCUUCUGUAAACUCUAGUGUGUGUAAUUCUUCUCUCCAUUUUCCCUUUGAUUUUUUCUCUCUCUGCAUUUGUUGUGUUGCUGAUUUCUCCUGUAACAAACAUGUCUAGGGUUUCUUCUUCCUCUGCUUCUUCUUCUCUCUUCUUCAUUCGCCCAUCCCUCUAAUCCUGCAACUGUUGCCUCCUUUUCUUCUACACGUCAAGAAGAUAGGGGGAGCUUCAAACACCCUUUUCUUCUUCUUUCUGUUUCUGUUUCUAUUUUUUUGUUUGUAAAGUUCGAAAUCGAUAGGGUUUUUGUGUUUUGGAGAUUUUGAAGGGGAGUUGAAAUGUUGAAUUAGUGAAACGUUUUGAAGAUUUUCGUGGUAGAUUAAAAGUGUGUACACAGAGUUCGAUCGAACUGGUUAAAAAGAGACGGAAAAGACACAGGACUGUUUUUGUCUGUAUAUUAGUUGUAAGUUACAACUUUCCCUUCUGUGAAUUUUGGGUGUGUGAACUUAAAACAAAAGCGAAGAGUACUCUCUAUUUCUCUCUCUGAAUUUCUGUGGGAAUCUUCUGGGAAGAAUCGGGGGUUGUUUUCGUCUCUUCAAAUCACUUCUCUUCGUCUCUCAUUUCGCAAACGAAUAAACACUUGUUCAUACCUCAAAACCUGAAAGAAUUUGAGAAAUUAAACAACCGAGAUUUAGCGAUUUCUGAAAAUGGCGAUGGUAGUUCAGCAUCAACAGCAUAAGGAGAUCAGCAACAAUACAAGCAUCACCAAACACCAGUUGGAUAACGGGAAGUAUGUCCGGUAUACGACGGAGCAAGUUGAAGCUUUAGAGAGAGUUUAUGCAGAAUGCCCAAAACCCAGUUCUUUGAGAAGACAACAAUUAAUCCGAGAAUGCCCUAUUUUGUCCAACAUAGAACCUAAACAAAUCAAAGUCUGGUUUCAAAAUCGCAGAUGUCGAGAGAAGCAACGAAAAGAGUCUUCUCGUCUUCAAACUGUGAACAAGAAACUAUCCGCCAUGAACAAGUUAUUAAUGGAGGAAAACGAUCGACUGCAAAAACAAGUGUCUCAACUUGUAAACGAGAAUGGAUAUAUGCGCCAACAAUUACACACUUCAACUGAUGUAAGCUGUGAAUCUGUCGUCACCACUCCCCAGCAUUCUCUAAGAGACGCCAAUAACCCAGCUGGACUCCUCUCCAUUGCAGAGGAAACUUUGGCAGAGUUCCUUUCAAAGGCUACAGGAACUGCUGUCGAUUGGGUCCAGAUGCCUGGGAUGAAGCCUGGUCCGGAUUCGGUUGGGAUCUUUGCCAUUUCACAGAGUUGCAGUGGAGUGGCAGCUAGAGCCUGCGGUCUUGUAAGUUUAGAGCCCACAAAGAUUGUAGAAAUCCUUAAAGAUCGUCCUUCUUGGUUUCGUGAAUGUCGGAAUCUUGAAGUUUUCACAAUGUUUCCUGCUGGAAAUGGAGGCACAAUCGAACUUGUAUAUACCCAGAUAUUUGCUCCAACCACAUUGGCUCCUGCGCGCGAUUUCUGGACAUUAAGAUACACAACGACUUUAGAAAACGGAAGUCUCGUGGUGUGUGAAAGAUCCCUUUCGGGUUCUGGAGCUGGCCCAAAUCCAGCUUCUGCUACACAAUUUGUAAGAGGAGAAAUUUUACCAAGUGGAUACCUAAUUCGUCCUUGUGAAGGUGGUGGAUCCAUUAUUCAUAUAGUUGAUCAUCUUAAUCUUGAGGCAUGGAGUGUGCCUGAAGUUCUUCGUCCUCUUUACGAAUCUUCCAAAAUUGUUGCUCAAAAGAUGACAAUUGCAGCUUUGCGUUAUAUUAGACAAAUAGCUCAAGAGUCGAGUGGAGAAAUAGUUUAUGGAUUGGGAAGACAACCCGCUGUUUUGAGGACUUUAAGUCAAAGAUUAAGCAGAGGAUUCAACGACGCCAUCAAUGGAUUCAGCGAUGAUGGAUGGUCGUUAAUGAACUGUGAUGGUGUUGAAGAUGUAAUCAUCGCUGUGAAUUCAUCAAAAAAUCUAAACAACUCCAUGAAUCCCUCCAAUUCCCUUUCUUUUCUUGGUGGGAUUCUUUGCGCAAAAGCCUCAAUGUUAUUCCAAAACGUGCCUCCAGCAGUUCUUGUUCGAUUUUUAAGGGAACAUCGAUCCGAAUGGGCCGAUUUCAAUGUCGACGCUUAUUCUGCUGCUUCGGUUAAACCAAACCCGUAUUCAUACCCGGGAAUGCGACCCACUAGAUUCACGGGUAGCCAAAUCAUCAUGCCCCUUGGUCACACAAUCGAACACGAAGAGAUGCUUGAAGUUGUAAGACUCGAAGGACACGCACUCGGACAAGAAGAUUCGUUCAUGUCACGUGACAUUCAUCUCUUACAGCUAUGUAGUGGGAUCGAUGAAAAUGCAGUGGGAGCAUGUUCAGAGCUGAUAUUUGCUCCAAUUGAUGAAAUGUUUCCUGAUGAUGCGCCUCUUGUUCCUUCUGGAUUUAGAAUAAUUCCAUUGGAUCCAAAAUCAAAUGAUGUGAAGAACAACACAAUGGUGAAUACACAUAGAACAUUGGAUUUAACUUCAAGUCUUGAUGCAAGUAACCAUGGUUCAGGUGGUGAUAUGUCAAUGUCAUGCCAAAACAUGAGAUCUGUGUUGACAAUUGCGUUUCAAUUCCCUUUUGAGAAUAAUUUAGCAGAAAGUGUCGCGACAAUGGCGCGACAGUAUGUUAGGAGUGUCAUUAAUUCGGUUCAGAGAGUUGCUAUGGCGAUUUCUCCUGCUGGGUUGAGUCCUUGUGUGGGACCCAAAUCGUCUCCUGGUUCUCCUGAAGCACUCACUUUAGCUCAAUGGAUCUGCCAUAGCUACACGUACCAUUUAGGAGCGGAUUUGCUAAGUUGUGGUUCUGUUGUUGGGGAAUCACUAUUAAAAGAUCUUUGGCAACAUCAAGAUGCUAUUUUAUGCUGUUCUUUAAAGUCGAUGCCAGUUUUUGUAUUUGCCAAUCAAGCAGGACUUGACAUGUUAGAAACAACUCUUGUAGCCUUACAAGACAUCACAUUAGACAAAAUGUUCGAUGAUUCUGGAAGAAAAGCUCUAGUCCCUGAAUUUGCCAAAAUCAUGCAACAAGGUUAUGCACAUUUACCUGGUGGGAUAUGUAUGUCAACAAUGGGGCGACAUAUUUCAUAUGAACAAGCUAUUGCAUGGAAGGUUCUUGCAGCUGAUGAAACAACUGUUCAUUGUCUCGCUUUCUCUUUUGUGAAUUGGUCAUUCAUUUGAAAACAACACAACUUUUAAUGUCCAUUUUUUUUUGUUGUUGUAUUAGAGGUUUGUUUAAAUCUUUUUUUGAAAAAAAAAACAGUUAGAGAUCAUCAUCAUGAUAUGGUGGUGUUGUAAUGGUUUUUGGAUGAUAUGAAUGUGAAAUGGUC